CCUGGCCUUCUGCAUCAAAGCAGCCACAGCACGGCAGAGAUUUGGGCUUGUAUCACUGCAUGUGGCCUCAAAAAACAAAAGGAAAGUAAUUUGCACUGGGCAGCCUGUGGGAAGCCGUGGGCUCUGGAGGGGGAGAGCCCCAAGCAUUAAUGAAGAGCCAUUAAUAUUGAAAAGCGGUUAAUCUGCAAUUAUCCCCGGCUCCGCAGAGUGACUACGAGAGAGUUAAACAAAUACGGUGAAGCUGGAGAAGAUUAUGGAAGCUCUCGAUAGAGAUUAAUGACCUGAGCUUAACUAUAAAAAGCCACCAUGUCUGCUGUUUAAUAAAUGUUACCCGGGCUUCGCUGCGGCCGUGGUGAGGGGAGGAAUGACAGGGUUGUUUUGGGAUGGCUGUGACAAGGAGAGUGGGGCUUCUGCUGGGAAAACAGCAUCAUCUGGCUGCCCUUAAGGAAAUGGAGGAGGAAAUCAGUCACCUGAGAAAUGCUUGCAAAAGGACACUGGGUGAAUUAAACCCUCAGCCUUAAACCGAGCUGGGAGGGGCUCUGCAGAAGGGAGCAGCUCUGGGGGAGAUUUUUGGGGCAGCUGGGGACCCCGGGAGCGAGCACCCAGCUGGGCAGGCUCCGUGCUGCCCCAGAGAGAAAGAAAGUUGAUUUUAAAAAUAAAUAAAUAAAUAAAAAUGCCAAGAGCGGGAUGCUUCCCGAAACUACAUCUCCCAGGCUGCCCCGCUGCUGCUGCUCCCUGGGGUGCGAGACGGGGGUCCCGGCCCCACAGGCGCUGGCAUCGUGCCCCUGCCCACGGCUUGGCAGCAUGGAGCCCCCGGAGAAGCAGCACAAGGACCUUGUGGCCGUCAUGCUGGAGGGCAGAAAGUGCCCCCUGAAGAAGAAGGGCGUCACAGGCCGAAUCAUGGAGCACCUCCAGAGGACCUUGCAGAGGCCCAUCUCCUGGCGGCUGUCUUCUCCCGUGGCUCUCCCGCGGUGUUGCACAGGCUCUUGCCCAAACCUGAUGACGAGUAACAGUGAGGCACGAGGAGAGAAGCCCGGGGAGGUGGUGUCUGCAGCCCCGCAGCCUGGCAGGACACCCCGGUCACCCCGCUGGUCACCAUCAGCAGGAAGGGAUGGCCCCAACCAGGGCUGGCGGAGUGGUCUGGGGGUCCAGGUGGAGGAGGCUGACAGCAGACCAGCCCACAGUGUGGGCUCCCUGGUGCUGGCAUCCCUUCCUUGUGCCCUCAGACCCAGCCCCUCCCCUCCUUCUCUUCUGCCUCAUCCAUCGCCCUCCCCUCCCGAGGCCAAGCUUGCCAGCCGCUUCCCCCUCUUCUCACCGCUGUCACAGGGCUCUGGGCCUGGCUCCAUCCCUCUGCCCUGCUCUGGCCCCAAGAAACCUCACAGAGGGAGCUGGAAGAAGAAGAACCCGCAUCCCGAAGAGCACCCUGGCCCCAGCCCAGAGGAGCCUGCACAUUUCCCCUUCGCAGGACCCAUCAUUGCCCGGAUAACCGACUGCAUCUACCUGGGGAACCUCAACGCUGCCUACAGUGGGCGGGUGCUGUGCACGAAUGGCAUCGACAGCAUCAUCGACGUGAGCUCCCUGCCCAGGGACCGCAGCCUGAGCAUCAUCCCCUGCACCUGCGGCCGGGCAGGCUUCAGGCACAGCUGGCCGCGGCUCAGGGUUGACAUCAGGGCUUCCCUGCAUGGGGGCCAUCACGAAAUAGGGCAGCCCUGCUUCCUGGACAUCAACGAGUGCAUCAAAGCCUCGGUGGAGAAAGGGAAGCGUGUCCUCAUCCACUGCAGGGAUGGUUACUCUUUAGGUCCUACUUGUGUCAUCCAGUACCUGAUGGUCAAGCACAGCAUGGGACUGCUGGCAGCCUACGGGUUUGUGAGGGCACGGUACCCGCUGAACAUCCAGGAGUGCCAUCAGGACCUGCUGGUGGCUUUGGAGAUGUCCCUGCAGCCUGGCACUGCCAGCUUGGCGUGCCUGAAGCACUCCCUGUCGAGGAAGAUGGCGUGGAGCUAAAUGGGAUAUGGUGGCUGUGCUGUUUGCCAGCAGCCCCACAGGAGAAGAGCCAAAAGGAAAAUAAAAUGAACCCCAUCUCAUGGGGAAAGAGAAAACCGUAGCUGUCGGGUGUGUAGGACAGUGAUGGCACAAGAUGCAAAGGUGAUGGCUUUGCUUUGCAGCAGCUCCUAGGGGCUGGUGUUGACAGACAUAAAGCUUGGGGAGCUCCUGGGGACAUGCCAGAGAGAGAGGGGAUGUCCUGGGCAGGGUGGGAGCUACAUGAGGAAGCUUCCUCAGUCACGCUGCAGAGCUUUUACAAUCAACACUACUGCUGUUGGGCUGCUAUUUUUUUUUAUUUUUUUUUUUUAAUUUUUUCCCCUGAUAAUAUCAUCCUUGGAAACAAGGCCUAAGGUCUCCUGGUGUCGUGCUGGACAAGUCACCGCAUGGCCCCUGCCCACUUGAUGCUACCAGGGUGCUGAAGAGGAGAAAACCCAGCUCCUUGGGCAUGGGGACCUCUUGAACCCACCACCCUCUGGCUUUGAUCUCUCAUCCAAGAGCUGCUGUCUGGCAGGCCAGCAGGGGCCAGGAUGGGUGUAGUUCUGUGGGGGGCUGAAGAAAAUGGCUGCAGACACUUUGGAAAGAAUAAUAAAAUGUUGGUUUAACUUUA